UGCACUCCAUUCUCACCGGAACAAAAGCCCCUCCCUCCAACCGCUGCUGCUCUCAUUCCCAUGGAAGUUCCACACCAACAAGAGCAAGUAGACCCAGACGCGAAAUCACCUCCAAAACGGUACCGCAUCACUGCUUUAGCCUCUGGAUUUUCACACAAGUAAACGCCUCUACAUUUCAUUGCAUCACACUGGGGUUUGCAUGCAAUCGCUUUUCAAACAAGUCAAUGGGCUUCAUAAAACCUCACUCCCCUACUACUCCCAUCUCAUAGACCACUGUUUGUCCCUCAAAUCCUUCACCCACGUCAAAAUUUUACAUGCCCGGUUGGUAAAAGUGGGACUCAAUACCCACACCUUUCUGGGUAAUCGUUUUCUCGACGUUUACUUUCGGUUUGGUUCGCUUUUCGAUGCAUUGAGAGUGUUUGAUGAGAUUAACUGCAAGAACAUUGUGUCUAGGAACAUCUUCUUGAAUGGUUUGUGUCGAUUUGGCGAGUUUGAGAAGGCACAGCAGGUGUUCGAUGAAAUGCCUGAGAGAGAUGUGGUUAGUUGGAACUCGAUGAUUUCGGGUUACGUUUCGUGUGGAUUGGUUGGUAAUGCAAUGGGGAUGUUUUCGAAAAUGCAGAGUUCAGGUGUGAGACCGAGUGAGUACACGUUUUCGAUUAUGAUGUCAGUUGUGUCCUGCGCUGGUCGUGCGAAGCAAGUUCAUGGUGGUAUGAUCAGGAAGGGUGUGGAUUUAUCGAAUGUGGUACUUGGGAAUUCGUUGAUUGGUAUGUAUGGAAAGAUUGGUUUGAUGGAUUAUGCUUUUGGAGUGUUUUUGACUAUGAAGGAGGUGGAUGUCAUUUCUUGGAACACUUUGAUUUGGGGUUCUCAUAGAUCAGGGUAUGAAGAAUUGGCCGUAGAUCAGUUUGUUGUUAUGAGAAGCACUGAGCAUUCCCCUGAUGAGUUUACGAUAUCAACUGUGAUCAAUGUUUGUUGUAACUUGCUUGAUUUGGAAAGGGGUAAGCAAAUUAUUGCUUUCAGCUUCAAGGUGGGAUUCUUUUCUAAUAGCAUUGUAUCAAGUGCUGCUAUUGACAUGUUUUCCAAAUGCAACAGAUUGGAGGAUGCGGUCCGGCUCUUUCACGAACUAAGCUGGUGGGAUUCAGCCGUUUGCAAUUCCAUGAUUUCAAGCUAUGCAAGGCAUGGUUGUGCGGAGAAUGCCGUGCUGCUUUUUGUGCUGACCUUGAGAAAGAAUCUCAGGCCAACUGAGUUUACUCUUAGCAGUGUACUGAGCUGUAUGUCCACUUUUCUUCCAGUUGAGCAGGGUUUCCAAAUCCAUUCUUGGGUUAUUAAGUUAGGCUUUGAGUCAGAUGCUAUUGUCGCUAGUUCACUGGUUGAAUUUUACACUAAACUUGGAUUAAUAAAUCAUGCCAUGAAAAUCUUUGCAAGUAUGGGGGUGAAAGAUUUGAUAUCUUGGAACACCAUGAUUAUGGGUUUGGCUCACAAUGGUAAAUUAUUUGAGACCCUGGACACAUUCAAGGAAUUAGUUAGUGAAGGUAUGCCGGCAGAUAAUGUAACAUUAACUGGAGUUUUAUUAGCUUGCAACUUUGGGAGCUUUGUGGAUGAGGGUAUGUCAAUAUUUAGGUCCAUGGAGAAGGAAUAUGGGAUCAAACCUGCGGAAGAGCAUUAUACGUGCAUAAUAGAGUUGUUGACUCGUGUAGGUAAACUCAAAGCAGCAAUGGAUAUAGUAGCAGCAAUGCCUUAUGAACCUAGUUCUGUGAUAUGGGAAUCAAUGCUUCGUGCUUGUGCGAUUCAGCAAGACAUCAAAAUUACUGAAAGAGUUGCACAACUGAUGAUGAAGUCAGAACCGCAGUCAUGUCUACCUUAUUUGGUGCUAGCUCGAGCGUAUGAAAUGAGAGGAAGAUGGGAAAGCAUGAUUCGAGUUACAAAAGAGAUGAAACAUAAAGGCGUAAAGAACGUUGUCGGAUGUAGUUGGAUUGAGAUACAGAAACAUGUAUAUACUUUUAAGGCAGACCAAUUGCAGCAUCAUAGAGGUAAAGACAUUUAUAUGAUAUUGAGAUUACUGUCUUGGGAAAUGGAAGCUGAUUGUUACAUUGACAAUCUAACGAAGUGGUGCUAAGAGGAGAAAGAGUGGAGAAAAGAAAUACAGUAAGGCUAAGUUUGAAUGAGGGCAUUGCGCAUCAGAAUUCAGGUUAAGACAAACAUAAGAUCAUGAGUUCCACGUUAGGAAUAUGACUAGUUCAAGCAAAAUUCAAAACUACAUUGGAGUUUAAGGAGGGAGGUUGGAUAGACACAAUCCGAUCUUAAAAGUAAUGCCAAUAUAGGGCAUCACUUGAUCUUCAGUUUAGACAGAGGCUUCUCACUUUCUUCUUCGACUGUUCAAGAUCUUUUCAUUUGUUGAGCUUUCUUGGAUUUCAGUUGGUUAUAGGCUUCUAUGUCUCAUGGACCAGAUUAUUAAAAAUGUAUCUCAUGACCAGGUCAGGAAUCUCAUAAGCCUAUUGUAUUCUCGCUGUGUUCUGAGAUCUUUCUCUGUCAUGCCUUUGUAGCUGCAACGAAAGGUAACAGCUUGGGACACUUCGAUCGCUGGAGUGAAAUUGUCACACCGUCACACAGCACCAACCAGCUCAACCUCAAAGAGGUUCUGCUUGGAUUUGCAUGUGAGGCUGCCAUGUCAGUUUACAACAAUCCAACAGCUGAAAGUAAAAGGUUCCAAAAGCCCAACUUCCACAAGAAGCAACAAAGCUCCUCUCCCCUCUUUCUCAAGAUUAUCAUACGUAUUUUUGAUUCCUCCAUCAACUCCGUACCCACAUAAAACCGACCAUCACCAAACUUUCCUUUUGCAUUCCUAAUCUUUAGUUCUAUACUGACCCACCUGCAAUUUCAUUAUUAACGGCUUCUCCAACAAGCUUCUCAAUGGCCCUUUAAACAAGCUUCUCAACCAUACAUCGUCUUCUUCAACUAGGGUUAGUUUGUCAUCUCAACAACUUAUUAUCCCCGUGUCCUUUCAGUCACCAAUCUCAAUCACAUAUUACCACUCCAAUUUUUGUCAAUAUGCUACUUGAGCAUUCUUUGGCGGCGUGUCCAAUAUGGGCAGGGUGUGUGUUUAUGUCUCCCAUAUGGGUUGGAUGUGUGUAAAGAAGGAGUCUGGUUACAGAGAAAGUGAAGGGGAGGAGAUCAACUACUACCUUAUUGAAAAUGGGUUAUCUAAAGACAUAAAGCUGCAGAUCCAAGGAAAGGGGGAGGAGACAGAGUGAGGAUCAGCAGCCUCACAUGCAAAUCCAUGCAAAUUCUAGCCUCUCUCUUCCUUUUUUUUUUGUGUGGAAUAUAACCAGCUCAUAUAAUCUCGUGUGGAUCUUGUGGUCUUUACUUUUGUGUAUGUGACAUACUCUUUCGUAUGAUAUGAAAUUGAUUGCUUUUCAAUUGUUUUUAGUUUAAGUGGUUUGCCAUAAUUCCUCCUCUGCAAACAUAUAUGUCUUUCCCCGGGAAACAAAAUGACACAUUUUUGUAGUUAAGACUGGAGGGAAAGGUAGGAGACCGGAUUGGUUGUAGAAAAUAGAGCUAGCGGCUCCUGAAGUAAUAGGGCUCACUUAUAGGUGGAUUUGCUUAUUUCCGUGUACUGGAAUCUUCAGACCAUCUUAUGAAGCAUCUGGGGCAAGCAUUUUGUGUAGCUUGUUGCAGUAAGAUUUAGCCCAUGUUGCUGUCACUUUCAGAUGAUAAGAGCUGUUGGUUCAAAUCCAAUAAAUGAUACUCAGGCUUGGUAUUUCAUAACAACUGGGUAUUAUUAGAAGGAUCCAAAGGAUGGGGGAUCACUUGUGUACAGUGGAUAAACUCGUUAAUUACCAUAUAUAUAUUUGUCCCUAAACUAUAUGCUAGCAUCUUUAUGUUUAGUUAUUCUAGGUAAAAAUUCUCUCUUGUUUAUUAUUUAUUGAAUAUUAACGGUACAAACUAAUCAUGCGUGUUGUUAAAAGUCACUAGU